AUGGCAGCGGCGCAGGAGAUGCUUGACGAGGAGCAUGCUGGCCUGGAGCACAACCUACUACUAUCUGAUAACGACAAGAAUCUGUACACACUAGGCUCUGUCGGUGGUCACAACGUCGCUAUUGUAUGUCUGCCAGCCGGCCGGAUCGGCAACAACCCAGCAGCCGUAGUGGCAACCCGAAUGCAAGCAACGUUCAAAAACAUUCAGCUUAGGUUGAUGGUUGGCAUUGGUGGCGGCGUCCCGAGUUCUGAAGCAGACGUCCGGUUAGGUGACGUUGUUGUCAGCCAGCCCCACGGCAAUCUUGCCGGUGUGGUACAGUAUGACAUGGGAAAAACCACACCAGGCGGCUUUGAACGAACCGGAUCGAUGGAUGCACCACCAGAGGUGCUGUUGGCAGCUCUCGCGCGCGUAAAGGCUAAUAACCUGCGUGGUAAAAGCAAGCUCUCUGAGCACAUCUCCAAGCUAGAGGGCAUGACCAAGUUUCAACGGAGCAACGCAGGGGUUGAUGUUCUUUUUGAAGCAACAUACGACCAUGUUGCAGGGCAGACGUGCGAUAGGUGCAGCCCUGACAGACAGGAGGCCCGACAGGCACGCCCCGUCGGGGAGGAAGUAGUAGUACACUACGGCACUAUCGCGUCUGGCAACCAAGUGAUACGGAGUGCUGCUGAACGAGACAGAGUCAGCGCUGGGCUUGGCACAGUACUGUGUUUUGAAAUGGAAGCAGCAGGACUAAUGAAUAGUUUUCCGUGUCUUGUUAUACGCGGUAUCUGCGACUACGCAGACUCUCACAAAAACAAGCUGUGGCAGCCGUACGCAGCGGGGACUGCGGCCGCAUAUGCGAAGGAAGUUUUGUUGGCGGUACCACCGGCAGAGCUGUCCAAGUCAAAUAUGGUGGAAACAGUCGUGAGGGAGACGAAUGCAGCAGGAAACUCACCCAAACCUAACUAUCAUCUACCCUUUCUCGUGAACCGACACUUUGUUGGACGUAAAAACGAGCUUUAUCGCUUGCAGAAAAGGCUAAUGGUAGAUCAGGACUGCCAGGAGCUGUCUAUUGCAGGGCUGGGUGGGUCAGGCAAGACGCAGUUGGCGUUGCAAUUUGCUUACAGCGUGAAAGACAAAUGGCCAGAGUAUUCAAUCUUCUGGGUGCCUGUGCUGAGUAGGGAGACCUUUGAGCAAGCAUGUGUGAGCAUUGCAAAGAUUUUGGGUAUACCACAGGUGGCGGACGACAAGGAAGACAUCAAAGAGCUGGUGAAGCAAAGAUUGAGCUCGAGUCGAGCAGGGCGAUGGUUGAUGGUAGUGGAUAAUGCUGACGACCCUAGCAUCUUGUUUGAAACAGCAGAGUCACAGGGCAUCGUUGAAUAUCUACCAAAGAGCGAGAAAGGUAUAAUCCUAUACACAACACGUACGAUGGAGGUAGCGGUAUCUUUAACACAGUACGACGUGCUGAAGCUGGAGGCCAUGGAUCGUCCGGACGCGAUCGAUUUUUUCUCAGAGUCGCUAAUCAGGAAAGAGCUUCUCCGUGAACACACUGCGAGAGACGAACUACUAGAAGAGCUAACACGUCUACCGCUGGCCAUCGCGCAGGCGGCUGCGUAUCUGAACAUGAAUCGCAUGACGAUCGCAAAAUAUCUUCGAUUACUGCGCAAUACUGAACAAGACCUUAUCGGUCUACUAAGCAGAGAGUUUCGUGACAACACGCGAUACAAAGGCUCAGCGAACGCAGUGGCGACCACGUGGGUGGUGUCGUUCAGCCAGCUGCGCGAGCGCGACGCAUUUGCGGCAGAUUUGCUGGAGUUUAUAUCCUGUAUAGAGUGGAAGGCCGUACCCCGAUCCUUGCUACCAAAGAAAGAUUCGGAAGAGGAGAUGGAGAGUGCAAUUGGCACGCUGUGCGGAUACUCCUUUCUAGUAAGACGUGAUAGCGACAAUCAAGGUAUCCAAGAAGAGGGUGAAGAGCAUACAGAGACAGAAGGGGACGAUUAUUACGAUAUCCACCGACUUGUGCACCUAGCGACACGGAUCUGGGUCAAGAAGAACGGCGAUGCAAAUAAGGUAGCGGAGGAUGCAAUCCGGCAUGUUGCACAUGUCUUUCCAGACGCAGAGUACGAGAACCGGGUCGAUUGGAGAGCGUACUUGCCGCACGCGCUCCAGUUGGUUAACGGCACGCAGCACGGAAAUAUAAAGGAAAUCUCUGAGCUGUGGCUACGAAUGGGGAUGUGUGUGAAAGAAGACGGCAGGUAUCGGGAGGCGUUGACAUGGCUGGAAAAGUCAUGUCAGCAGAGAGAUCACCUUAGCGAGGAUGACCCUGACCGCCUAAUCUCACAGUAUCAUCUCGCGACAGUAUAUGCACACUAUGGACAGGCGCAAAAGUCGAUACUACUGUUAGAACACAUAGUAAAGAUAAGAGAGAAAACUCCAUCCUCAGAGACACCAAGCCUAUUGGAAUCGCAGGAAAGUCUCGCAAUAGCAUACAUCAUCGACGGACAGGCGCAUACGGCGGUAACUCUUCUAGAAGGUGUUAUUGAAGUAUUGGAGAAGACGCGAGCACCAGAGAACGAUGAACUGCUAUCAUUGCAACGAGCGCUCUCAACAGCAUACCUCAACGACGACCAGAUCCACAAGGCGUUGUUACUUGCAAAAAGGAUUAUGAGAGAUAGGGACAGGAUGCUGCCGCUAGAACAUCCAGAACGAAUAAGGGCGCAGCAUUACCUUGGGAUGUUGUACUUAUUGGAUGGACAUACACAAAGAGCAAUGUUUCUCCUGAAAGAUGCCGUGAACAUGAGCGAUAAGGUGCUGGAGCUAGAGCAUCCGGAUCGAAUAGAAUGUCAUCACAUGCUUGCGAUGGCAUACUAUAGGCUUGGGCAGGUGCACAGGGCAGUGGCGCUGUUGAAGAACAUUAUCAAUAUUGAAGCUCGCACGCUGCCAGAUGAUCAUCCUUUGCAGCAAAAGUCGCUUGAGCUGCUAGCCGAUAUGCUUGAAGAGCUAGAUGCGAACAAGGAUGAAGCAUCAGAUCCAUCUGAUGAGGGGGAUAGUGAAGAUACUUCCAGUAGACAGAGCGACUAGCAGUGUCGUAUCAAGAGUUUCCAAGCUGGCAAGAUCAAGCACUCUAGUUACUUACUCAUGGAGAAGAUGGAGUACCGAAACGAUACCUUUUGCAUGUUUUACAAGAGAAGAGAGACAUGCAUGUCGCCCAAGUCAAACGGAAUGAUACAUCAUGUUGUUGUUAAUUCUCAUUUCCUCACGUAGCACUGCAUGAAUGAACAAAACAAAAAGAAAUCUUCG